CUAUUUAUUUUCUCAUUUUAAAAUUUCUUUUUCCUUUUAUGUGAUUCUCCAAUUAAGACAUCCCGUUAUGGCAAUUCCAGAACAUUUUCAUCACCCCAAAAGGGAAUCCUGUGCCCAUUAAGUGGUCAUUUUGCAUUUCACCUUUCCACUAGACCCUGCUACUAAUCUACUUUCUGUCUCCAUGGAUCUGCCUAUUCCGGACAUAUAAAUUCAUUUAAGUGGAAUGAUACAGUGUGUGGUCUUUUGUGUCUGGUUUCUUUCACUUAGCAUAAUGUUUUCAAGGUUCAUCCAUGUUAUACCAUAUAUCAAUACUUUUAUGGCUGAAUACUAUUUGAUUGUAUGGAUUUAUCAUAUUUUGCUUAUCCAUUCACCAACUGAUGAACUUUCGGAUUGUUUCCACCUUUCAGCUAUUCUGAAUAGUGCUGAUGUAAACAUUCUAUAAAAAUUUUUGUUUGAACACCUGUUUUCAAUUCUUUGGGGCAUAUAGCUUGGAGCGGAAAUGCUGGGUCAAAUGCUAAUUCUAUGUUUAACUUAUUAAGGAACCACCAAACGGAUUUCCCCAACAGAUAGAACACUUUACAUUCUUACCAGCAAUGUACAGUAUAAGGGUUCUAAUUUCUCCACAACUUUGCCAAGUUGUUAUUUUCCAUUAAAAAAGUAUUUUUAUCACAGCCAUUCUAGUGGGUGUGAAGUGGUAUUUUUUUAUGGUUUUAGUUUGUGUUUCUCUAAUGAUUAGUGACAGUAAGCAUUUUUUUGGUGUGUUCUUGCUGGCUGUUUUGUAUGCAGUUAUUUCUUCAAAAUGUUUAUUUGAGUCCUUUGCUCAUUUUAAAAUUGGGUUGUUAGUCUUUUUGUUAUUGAGUCAUAGACAUCUUAAUAUAUUCUGGACAUUAGACCAUUAUCAGAUAUAUGAUUUGCAAAUAUUUUCUCUCAUUCUUAUGGGUUGCCUUGUCACUCUUCCAGUAGUGUCCUUUGGUGCACAAAGUUUUAAAUUUUGAUAAAUUCCAAUUUCUUUUUUGAGACAGGGUCUCACUCUGUCAUCCAGGCUGUAGUGCAGUGGUACAAUCAUGGCUCACUGCAGCCUGGAACUCCCAGGCUCAAGCUAUCCUCCCAGCUCAGCCUCCCAAGUAGCUGGGACUACAGGUGCCUGCCACCACACCCAGCUAUUUUUGAGGGGAUUUUUUUUUUUUUUUUGGUAGAGAAAUGGUCUAUGUUGCCCAGUCUGGUCUUUACCUCCUGAGCUCAAAUGAUCCUCCUCCCUUGGCCUCCCAAAGUGCUGGGAUUACAGGGGUGAGCCACUGCAACUGGCCCAAUUUAUUUUUCCAUUUGUUGCUUCUGCUUUUGGUGUCACAUCUAAGAAACAAUUUUUCAGAUGCAAGGUAAUGAAAAUUAACCCUUAUGCUUUCUUCUAAGAAUUUUAGCUUUUAUAUUUAGAUCUUUAUAGUCUUUGAGUUAAUUUUUGUAUACAGUGGGAGGUAGAGGUCCAACUUCAUUCUUUUACUUGUGGUUAUCCAGUUGUUACAGCACGAUUUAUUGAAAAGGCUAUUCCUUCCCCAUUAAAUGGUCUCGGCAUCCUCAUUGAAAAGCAAUUGACCAUUUCUCUACAGUUUCAUUUCUGGACUUUCAAUCCUAUCCAUUGGUCUAUGUCUACCCUUACGGCAGUACCACACUGUUUUAAUUACUGAAGCUUUGUAUUAAGUUUUAAAAUUAAGAAGAGUGAGUCCUCCAACCUUAUUCUUUUUCAAAAUUGUUUUGGCUAUUCUGGGUCCCUUAAAAUUCCAUAUGAACUUUAGGAUCAACUUUUCCAUUUCUGCAAAAAGGCCAUUGGAAUUUUGACAAGGAUAGCAUUGAAUCUGUAGAUUGCUUUGAGGAGUAAUGCCAUUUUAACAAUAUUAAGCCUUCCAACCCAUGAAUGGAGUAUGUAGUUUCAUUUAUUUGGAGCUUAUACAAUUUCUUUCAGCAAUGAUUUGUAAUUUUCAGUGUACAAAUCUUGUGCCUUCCUGGUUAAAGUUAUUCCUAAAUAUGUUAUUCUUUUUGAUGCUAUUGCAAAUGGAACUAUUUUCUUAUUUUCAAAUCGUUUGUUAGUUAUAGAAAUGUAGGGUUUACUAUGUACAAGAUCACAUCAUCUGUGAAUAGAGAUAGUUUUACUUCUUCCUUUCCCAUUUGGAUGGCUUUUCUUUUUCUUGUCUAAUUGCUAUAAAUAGACCUUCCAGUACAAUGUUGAACAGAAGUAGCAAAAGUAAGCAUCCUUGUCUUGUCACUGACCUUAGGGGAAAAGUUUUCAGUUUUCACCAUUGAGUAUGAUGUUAGCUGUGGGUCUGUCAUAAUUGCAUCCCAUGCUGUGAAUGUAGGCUUCGAGACUGCUGAAGAGCCAGGGAGGAAAGCAGGGCGAGGGGCAAGUAAAACAUUGCAAAAUUUUCCUAAUUUUCUCUUUUAUGAAUAGACUUCAUUUUUAGAGGAAUUUUAUGUCCACAGCAAAAUUAAACAGAAGGGACAGAGAUUUCCCAUUGAUGUCACCUCUGUCCUUGUAUUUUUAAUUCAACUGUUCCAUAGAUUUUAUUCACGUGAUGAAUAACAGUCACAUGGAGCACAGAGGGAUGCUGAGGGAGGGCUCCAGAUCAAGGGCUGGAUUUGAAACUGUCCCAAUUGUCCCACAGAAUUGAUGUUUAUGGUUUGAGUAAACAGAAAUUGGUCCUUCCAGGCCAGGUGCGGUGGCUCAUGCCUGUAAUUCCAGCACUUUGGGAAGCUGAGGUGGGAGAAUCACCUGAGCCUAGGAAUUUAAGAUCAGCCUGGGCAACAUGGUGAAACCCCAUCUCUACAAAAAAUAAAAAAAAAUUGCCAGGUAUGGUGGCAUGUGCCUGUAGUCCCAACUACUCGGGGCUGAGGUGGAAGACUCACUUGAGCCCAGGAGGUUGAAGCUACAUGAGCGGUGAUCAUGCCAUCGCACUCUAGCCUGAAUGAGAGCAAGACCCUGUCCAAAAAAAAAAAAAAAAAAAAAAGAAAAGAAAAAGAAAAGGAAAAGGAAAAGGAAAGAAAAGAAAUGGAUUCCCCCAGUCUUAAAACUUGAGAAGGUCACAUUUGUCCUGAGUUCCUUUCUCAGGAAAACCAACCAUCAGGCCUCCCAGAUAGUAUCAAGGAGCUGCAACUUACCAAAUCAUUGCAUAUGGACAAUGAGAACCCACACUCCUCAUCAGUCAUGAUUGCCUAACCAAUCACCUCCUUCCUGUUCCAACUUACCUCUCCCUAAUUUCUGUUUUCCCACACAUAGUUACAUUUCUUCCCUGCUAUACAAACCCCUGAUUUUGGUCAGUCACGGAGAUGGAUGUGAGACUGAUCUCCCAUCUUCUUGGCUGCAGCACUCAAUUAAGCCCUUCUUCCCUUGCAAUACUCGUCUCAGUGAUUGGUUUUCUGACUGGCAACCAGCAGGACCUACACCCAACCCCUGGUGUUUCAGUAACAGAUUCUGCCCAGUACUAACACGGCAGCCUCCAAGACAAGAGAAGGGAAUUGGUCCUUUCUGUGAAAGGCAGGACAGAAUAUCAAGAAAUGUUUGUCUGUCUCCUGGCUCACAAUGGCCUUGGGGCCAUGUUCUCUAGCUCCUGAGUACUGGAGAACAGAGAAGUCUCAGAAGGCUGAUAUUGGGAAGGUGAAAAGAAAUAAGAGGAUGGAAGGAGGUGUUGGAGAAAAUAAAAACAAAAUCUCCUGCUAACCCAGAAAAUCCCCUUCACAAACGUAGAAAAGGAGAACAGUUUUAUUACCAAAUAAUAUUGAACUGGACUGGGAAGCACAUUGUAAACAAUCUGCUAAUCAGAUGCCAGACAGAAAGAGAUCUUACUUUUUAUCUAGUUGGGCAGAUACAAUCUAUUACAAACAUGUCCUGAAAAUUAAUGGUAAUUUGCCCCUUUGUAAGAGGAUUUGACAUUGUUUGCUAUACAAUUUUUCAUAAUUCAUUCUAAAUUCACCUGGUAAUUGGAGUAGCCAUCUACACUAGUUAAUUGCCUUUAUCAAAAAGAAAAAAUAAAACUUUUAUCUGUGACAAGCGGGCGGUUACGAGUUUGGAGCUAGGCACCUAAGCUAAACUCCCAAGGUGACAGGAAGAUAAGGGCACUAUCUUCUUCACUGUUUACAUUUCAAAGAGAUGGCUCAUCAGGCCUUUGGGGGAAACAUUCCUCUUUUGUAAAGUUGGCAGGUGCUUAUUCAGCCUUUCAAAAGUAUCAGGUACAUAUCAAAGGAGCACUUAUACAUACAUUUCUCAUGGAAAUACUCCAAGGGCGUGAGGUCAGGUUUAUUUCCCCUUCAGUAACAAGUAAAAUUUAAUUCAAUUUGUAUUUGCCACUAAGAUUUAAACGCUCCUCCUAUGAGCUGAAGGUCUGAUCUGCAAACCCCUAAUUGCCGUGUUGCAGAAGGUACCAGCGUAGCCCAGUUUUAAAAAUAUUAUUAGUUUUAAAAUAUAUACAUUUAACUCCUGGGCUCAAGCCAUCCUCCAGCCUCAGCCUCAGCCUCUCUCGGGGUUACAGGAAUCCCAGGCGUGCGCCACCACGCCCGGCUCUAGUAGCUCAGAUCUGAACCGGGAUCUUAGACAAGAGGCCAGAGAGCCAGACUCCAGCCUGAGUGAAGCUUCCACCCUCCAGAAACUGGAUGAGAGUCUGUCACUAACUUUGAGGACUUCGACAAGAGGAAGGUGACUACAGGCCACCCACAGGAGUGCACUGGUGUUGAGGGUAAGGGUUCAACUGAGACGCUGGGAGGCGGCUUUGCCCUGCCUGUGUGUCACAGGCAACACGAAGUCGAAUCUACAUAGUGCUCACGCAAGGUAGUUCGCGUGCUAUGGAGCCUCAGCCCAUGGAAUUCAGGUGGUCCGGUGCAGUAAACUCUACCCAACACACGCCUGACAGCGCGUUGCUCCUGCUAGAUUCGCCAAUCGGAAAUGACUUCUCUCGUUGACCCCAGCUUCCGGAAGCGCCUGCGGAAGCUGCCGCAGAGGCUUGUGGGGAGUGUAGUCUUUUUUUUUUUUUGCAGAAUGGGCCAAGGGGACAGAGACUUCACUCGGGAGCCAGAACCUGUUUUCAACAUGGGUAUUUUAAGAAGAGACGGAGAGGCUGUCACUGCAGUGGCCACUGUCCUGGAAAAGUAACCGUUGCAUGGCCCAGAAGUGGCUCUGUGGCGGCCAAUGGGAGCCGAAGCCUGCGAGGAUGUUGGGAACUGUAGUUCUGGCGUCGGUCGGCGGCCGAGGUCCCGGGCACGCUGGCUCUGGUCCACCUUCUCCAAUCCCUGCCUGCUGGGAGAGGACGAUCUCUUGAGAAAGGAAAGACUUCUGUGCUCCCGAGAACCUCCUAUCAGGUCCUGGCUGCAGGGAAACAAGCUGGGCCUUUUACAAUUAAGGUUGGAAGAAGUCACCACAGGCAGCAGAACUCCAUCUUGAGAUGAAAUAACAUCUACCUGGACCUCUGGCAGAAUUUCAAGGCACACACUGGGCUGACUCUGGGGCCAUGAUGUUGCCUUAUCCUUCAGCACUGGGAGAUCAAUACUGGGAAGAGAUUUUGCUUCCAAAGAAUGGGGAAAAUGUAGAGACUAUGAAGAAAUUGACCCAAAAUCAUAAAGCGAAAGGCUUGCCUUCUAAUGAUACUGACUGCCCCCAGAAAAAGGAGGGAAAGGCCCAAAUAGUGGUACCAGUUACAUUCAGGGAUGUGACUGUGAUCUUCACAGAAGCAGAAUGGAAGAGACUGAGUCCAGAGCAGAGGAAUCUAUACAAAGAAGUGAUGCUGGAGAAUUACAGGAAUCUUCUCUCAUUGGCAGAACCAAAGCCAGAAUUCUACACUUGUUCCUCCUGCCUUCUGGCCCUCUCCUGUCAGCAGUUCCUCAGUCAACAUGUACUUCAGGUCUUCCUGGGCUUAUGUGCAGAAAAUCACUUCCAUCCAGGGAGUUCUAGCCCAGGGCAUUGGAAACAGCAGGGGCAGCAGUAUUCCCAUGUAAGCUGUUGGUAUGAAAAUGCAGAAGGUCAGGAGAGAGGAGGUGGCUCCAAACCCUGGUCUGCAAGGACAGAGGAGAGAGAAACCUCAAGGGCAUUCCCCAGCCCACUCCAAAGACAGUCAGCAAGUCCUAGAAAAGGCAACAUGGUGGUAGAAAUAGAGCCCAGCUCAGCCCAAAGACCAAACCCUGUGCAGCUAGAUAAAGGCUUGAAGGAAUUAGAAACCUUGAGAUUUGGAGCAAUCAACUGUAGAGAGUAUGAACCGGACCAUAACCUGGAAUCAAACUUCAUUACAAACCCGAGGACCCUCUUAGGGAAGAAGCCCUACAUUUGCAGUGAUUGUGGGCGAAGCUUUAAAGAUAGAUCAACCCUCAUCAGACACCAUCGUAUACACUCGAUGGAGAAGCCUUAUGUGUGCAGUGAGUGCGGGCGAGGUUUUAGCCAGAAGUCCAACCUCAGCAGACACCAGAGAACACAUUCAGAAGAGAAGCCUUAUUUGUGCAGGGAGUGUGGGCAAAGCUUUAGAAGUAAGUCCAUCCUCAAUAGACAUCAGUGGACUCACUCAGAGGAGAAGCCCUAUGUUUGCAGCGAGUGUGGGCGAGGCUUUAGCGAGAAGUCAUCCUUCAUCAGACACCAGAGGACACACUCCGGUGAGAAACCCUAUGUGUGCCUGGAGUGUGGACGAAGCUUUUGUGAUAAGUCAACCCUCAGAAAACACCAGAGGAUACACUCAGGGGAGAAGCCUUAUGUUUGCAGGGAGUGUGGGCGAGGCUUUAGCCAGAACUCAGAUCUCAUCAAACACCAGAGGACACACUUGGAUGAGAAGCCUUAUGUUUGCAGGGAGUGUGGGCGAGGCUUUUGUGACAAGUCAACCCUCAUCAUACACGAGCGGACGCACUCUGGAGAGAAGCCUUAUGUGUGUGGUGAGUGUGGCCGAGGCUUUAGUCGGAAAUCACUCCUCCUUGUCCACCAGAGGACACACUCAGGGGAGAAGCAUUAUGUCUGCAGGGAGUGUAGGCGAGGUUUUAGCCAGAAGUCAAAUCUCAUCAGACACCAGAGGACGCACUCAAAUGAGAAGCCUUAUAUUUGCAGGGAAUGUGGGCGAGGCUUUUGUGACAAGUCAACCCUCAUUGUACAUGAGAGGACACACUCAGGAGAGAAGCCUUAUGUGUGCAGUGAGUGUGGCCGAGGCUUUAGCCGGAAAUCACUCCUCCUUGUCCACCAGAGGACACACUCAGGGGAGAAGCAUUAUGUUUGUAGGGAGUGUGGGCGAGGCUUUGGUCAUAAGUCAAAUCUCAUCAGACACCAGAGGACACACUGACAGGAGAAACCUGUGUAUGCAGGGGUCAUGAACAAGACCUGAGUGACCAGUCAAGCCUCAUGUUACCCCAGAGAGACACAUGGGGAGUAGACCCUGUGUACGCAGAUUGUGAGUGAAGUUCCAGAGAUGUGUCAGCCCUUAUCAGGCAUGGGAGGGACACGUUCAGGAGAGGAGCCUUAUGAGUAUAGAGUAUGGGCAACUGUAGCCAUCAGUCAGCCUUGAGCAUGCACAAAAGGACACACUUAGGAGAGAAGUUUAUGUGUAGGGACUGUGGGAAGGCUUUAGCAAUAAUCAACAUUUACCAGACAUCCAAUGACAGCCUCAGGGGAAAGCACCCUUGUCUGGGGAGUGUUGAGGAGCAUCAGUAAGAGAAUGGACACUCAGGCACAGAGUGGCCCUCAGGAAGGAGGUCUUUGUUUGUAGGAUGUAUGGGCAAAGCUUUUGUGAUCACACACCACAGGGAGAAUCUGCAUGUGGGGACACUGUGGAGCUCUGCCCAGAUGACCUUUUCAGGGGUAACACCCCAGCUGCUUGAGAGAACAGUGUUGCUGCUGGCAGAGAUGCAUUCCAGAGAUGCACUCCGCUCUGGAACUCACUCUCAGCCACAGGGAGCUGCACGCACCACAGGGGCAGUGCACCUUUUCAGGGGUAGCUUCUGGCCCCAACCCUUGACUCAACGGGGACAACUCCAGAAGGUCAUUCCAGAUCCAGAGAUCCCCAUCGAACUGAAGGAUCACUGGGUUGCAGACACAUUGCAGGUCAGCUUCUUCCUCUGCCCAGUCCUGCCCUCACUCUCCAAUGAAUCCUCAAUUUUCCGUCUCGUUGUCUCUCCAGAUAAUUGAUUCUAAGACAUGUUAGGUAUAUAAGGAGUGUAGAUAAGGCUUCAGCCAUGAGUCACCCCCCAAUAAGCCCCAGAGUAUAUUGAAUAGAAAUUCUGCAUGUGUGGGGAGAAUGGACAAGGACUUAGGAAAAAGUCCUCAUCAAAGAACAGCUUUUUUGGGACAAGCUUUACAUGGGUGGGGAGGGAAAAUGUGAAACACAUUAGCAAUAAGUUAAACCUCAUCUUGUACUAAAGGAGGACACACUCAGGGAGAAGACCUCUGUGGGCAGGGCUUGUGGGUGGAGCUUCAUCCCGAUGUCACUCCUCAACUGACUUAGGAGGACAGUCUUGCUACCCCAAGUCACUACCUCACUCACCUCUGAGGGGUUUUCAGGAAAUGUCUUGACUCCCCCAUGUACUCUGUAUGUGAGCGAAGAUGGCAGUAACUGUUAAAUAAGCAUUCUUUUCUACUUGGAAUCAGAUGAAAUAAAAAUUAGGCUUUAUUUAAGUAAUCAAAAAA